CACCAGCCGACGCUAGGUUGACUAGUUACCCAAAUUGGACUGUUCAGGGUUUCGGUUUAAUAAGAUCUAAAUUUGUUGUUAUAAAACGCUCGACAGCCGAGCAGCAAUCGAAUCACCUCAAUUGCCUUCCAUCUAACGUUAACGCAUCCCGAGCCUUUGAAGGCGCUAAAUGAGUUGACCCCGGUGUCUCUAACGUUGUGCGCUAGCUCCUGCACUUAAGCUAAGUCGUUAACGGGCAGUUGAAGAGCUGGGACCUGAAUCAACAGCCAUGAGAUGAGAGAAGCAGAUGUUACUGGAUUAGACAUGGACAUGGUGUCCCUACGGACCACCAGGGACACAUUGGAGAAGGAUGUACCUUCAAUACGCCUUGAGAAAGAUUCUGAACUUAGGGAAAUUUAUCAAUUUGGAAGAAAAUUGGGUCAGGGUAGCUUUGGAGUUGUUUAUGAAGCCACCCACAUUGAGACACAGACAAAAUGGGCUAUUAAAGAGGUUUGCAGACCAGCGGCAGGAAGUUCGAAAGUCAAGAUGCUGGAGCAGGAAAUAAACAUUCUCAAACAAGUCAAUCAUGCUUGCGUAAUACAGCUGAAGGAAGUCUACAACACAGCAAAUAUGAUAUAUCUGGUUACUGAGCUGUGCACUGGAGGUGAGCUGAACCAGCUGUUGCGGCAGAAAAAAUAUUUUACAGAGGACGAGACGAGGCAUAUCAUCCGUAGCUUAGCUGAGGCUGUUGUUUACCUUCACAAAAAAGACAUAGUGCACAGGGACUUGAAACUUGAGAAUAUUCUUGUGAAAAAUUCUGAGGAUGAUGAUGGCAGGAUUAAUAUCAAGGUGACAGACUUUGGAUUAUCGGAGCAGAUGAGUGGUGUUGGGAUUGACAACAUCAUGACAGAGACCUGUGGAACACUUAUUUAUAUGGCACCUGAAAUGAUGAGUGGUCGUGGUUACAGCCAGUGGUGUGAUGUGUGGAGCAUAGGAGUGGUCAUGUAUAUGCUGCUUUGCGGGGAGCCUCCGUUUGUUUCCAAAACAAAAGCAUAUCUACUUGAAGAGAUUAUGAGCAAAGAAGUCCCAUUUAAUCAACCCAUCUGGUCCAAAGUCAGUGAUGGAGCAAAAACUAUAUUGACUUGCCUUCUAAAAGUGGACCCAGCCCAUCGCAUGUCUCCAAGUCAGCUCCUGGAAAACCCGUGGAUUACAGGUGACACUAAUGUGCCUGCUACGCCGUCCAAUGUGCUGAAGAUGAUGCGUGAGCACCUGAAAGAAGUAGAGACAGGAACACAGACUCCGGAGGAUUUGUCCUUCACCUCAUCUGAAGACACUUUGGGCCAACACCUGGUCCCACAAGCAGAUGCACCAGGAACUGAGUGCAACCAUGCUAAAACCAGUCCUGUGAGAAGCAGCAGACCCUGCACGGCACUUGUACCCACUAAGACGACUAAACAGAGUGGCGGCAGCCUCCAGCAAGACAAGCAAAAAAACGGCCCAGAGGCCUCAGUAACACCUUCAACCAUCGUCACACAGGCUCAUGCUAGCGUGAAAGCCAGCCCACAGUCAAGUGCUAAGCAGCGCAGACGUCAGGACAAGAAGGACUUUAGUUCAGGACAGAACCUAAGCUGUGACUUAAGUAAGUCACAAAACCACAGGCCUUUCACCUCUAGUAAAAGUAAGAAACCGUUGCGCUGCUCUAAGGCUAAUUCCUAUUCAGAAUAAAACUGGAAAGUGGA